AUGGCACGAAACCUGCGAGCGAAGAUCCCUGCAGAAGACAUACUCUUCGUGCAGGAUGUGAACACCGCCGCUUCUAAGAAGUUCCUCGAUGAACAUCCACAAGGUGUUCGAGUCGCUGCAAACGUUCGAGAGGUUGCUGAAAAAGCGACUGACAUGGUACAGGAAGUCAUUAUCACAUCUCUCCCAGAACCGCAACAUGUGAAGGGCGUGUUCAAGGAGAUGCUUGAGCCAGCUACGCUCCUGACAGAAGGUCUCAACAAGGAGCGUCUUUUCAUCGACUGCUCUACCAUUGAUCCUAUGACCUCUGGCGAGGUAGCGAAAGCUGCACAGUCGUCUGGCCAAGGCACUUUCAUCGACGCGCCUAUGUCUGGAGGUGUUGUCGGCGCUCAAGCUGGCACACUUACUUUCAUGAUCGGUGCUGCACCGGACAAAGUUGAGAGAGCAACUGAAGUACUCUCUCUGAUAGGAAAGAAAGUGUUGCAUCUUGGUGAACAGGGUGCAGGUCUGAAGGGCAAGCUAGCAAACAACUACUUGCUAGCACUCAACAAUGUUGCAACCGCAGAAGCCAUGAGCAUGGGCAUCAAGUGGGGUCUUGAUCCGAAAGCGCUCGCUGGCAUGAUCAACAUCAGCACUGGCAAGUGUUGGCCAAGUGAGGUCAACAACCCGGUGCCUGGUGUCAUUCCGGGUUCGCCAGCAAGCAGGGGCUACGAAGGCGGUUUCGGGGUAUCUCUCGCCAACAAGGACUUGAAGCUCGCCCUCAAAGCUGCUGCGGAGGCAGAUGUGAAGCUUGCGCUUGGCGAAUCUGCUCGAGCGAUCUAUGAUGCGGCGGAGAAAGACGAAAACUGCAAAGGAAAGGACUUUUCCGUAGUCUACAGAUAUCUAGGCGGCAAAGAAUAA